UUAGGCAUCAGCAAUUUCCUCCCACGAUGCAUGCCAUGAGCUAUCUUGUAGCAACGUCCAUGGCAGUAGGAUUACUCCUCGGUGCCGUCUCCCCAACAGUCAAGGCAGCUUCAGCCAAUGCGACGGCGAGCCGGAACACGACGGCGUCGGCACUGCCACCGUUCGGCACGAACCACACCGUCGGCGACGGUGCCGGGUGGUUGUUUGACGGCAAGGCGAAUGCCUCGGCGGCCAACUACUCGGCCUGGGCAGCCAACCGCACCUUCUACCUCGGCGACUACCUCAGCUUCAGGACCCGCACGGAUAACACGGUCGUGCACACGACCAACGCUACGGUAUACAAGCUCUGCGGCUACGACGGUGGUGCCAGCGGUGGCGGGUGGAAGGCCGAGGAGGCCUUCUUGACGGUGAUGCUAGCUGCGGAGGGCCCAAACUACUUCUUCUCGGACGCCGGCGAGGGGGAGCACUGCCGGAGGGGGAUGCGGUUCGACGUCACUGUGGCGCGCGGCCGCGGCCUCCCACAAAUACCACCGUCGUACUACGAGCCCCUGUCCGGCGGGACGGCAGGGAGGGGGCUCGGCGAGGUGGUGCCCAUGUGGGUUGCUGUGAACGUUGGCUUUGCUGUUUUGCUGAUGCUGUGAAUAGUCUCCAUUUCCAUCAGGUGUUAAUCAGCAUUCAGCAACGACACAGGGA